CGGAAGCGCCGCCCGCGGAGGGCGGCGGGGCCGGGAGCGGCGCGGGGCCGGCGCAGAUUAUCUGAAAUCCACUGCUGGACCUAUGCUUUCAACUGUUGAGUGGAUGGAUCAUUUUGUGUAUUUUUUAGUUUGAUUGCGCUAAGCCUAUUUUGCCAAGCCUAUUUUGCCUUUUCACUAGCAAAAAAAAUGGUGUGGGAAAAGUUUUUACUCUUAUGUUAUGGAUGUAUGACUUUGUCUCAAGCAACUGAAAAUCAGAGUACUGAACCAAAUUUAGCUUGGGAGUUGAUACAAGGAUUUAUGCAUAUUUGGAAUCAUACAAAUCAAGGAAUAUGUAUUAACCUCCCCAACUCUGCAUCAGAGGGGUUUAGAUUUAUGAUGAUUUGGUUAAAUUUUUCAGAAAUAUUAACAAGAGAACUGGAUAAUCUUAAAAAGCCAGGACGAAAUGUUACCUGGGCGAUGGUGGAGUCCCAGUUCCUAGACCAGAAAGAAGGACAACAGUGGGAUGCAAAUGGGACGUGGGUAGAAUACAAGAACGCCUUUUACCAGCUCCCACGUGACUCUACCUGGAGCGAUUUAUGGAAUCAGACAUGCUAUCGGUCAUUAGACACCAACCCUGCUGAGACACUGCAAAAUGUCACUUCUAUCCCUUGCACGGUGGUACCGUGGUGGGAUUCUCCUGCUGAGGGUGGGUUUUUUGAACAUGAGUACAGUUUGCGUUGGGAUGCAGGAUGGUGUAUACAAAUCCCUGAUAACCCAGGAACUGCGCACCAAGUUAACCGAACAAAUUAUGAGUGGGCCUGGUCUCUGAAACAAAUCUUUGACCCUAUAUCUACCCUACAAUGGGCUUCCAGGGUCCCUACAGGGAAAAUAGUAGAAUGGGAAGUGGAGAAAUCAGACUGUAAGGACCAUCAGACCACACUACCUAAUGGAGAGAGCAUCUGCUGGAAAGUGAGGAACCGUAGAAGCCUUACUCAAAGCAAAUCAGAGACCUCCUUUCUGAAUUGUUCCCGUAUAUUGGAUUGCACCACAGGAGCAGGUGAGCCCAUAGAAACCUGGUACAUCUCGGAGCUGAGAACUUUUAUCCGGGACAUGUGUACCUGUUGGGAUUACCCCAACUACGGCUAUCUAAACCAAGACACCCGAUGCAAUGGGUCUUAUGAAAAUUCAGAGACAGCACUAUCCUGUGGCAUUCCCGUUACACACGGCCCUGACCGAAGAAGGGUCUGGAAUUCCAGUAGCGAAGCACAGGAAGUUCCCCAAGGUGACCUGUAUCAGUGUUCACAAGCCAAAUACCCAGCUCCACGGGGAACGGUAUGGGCAUGUUCAGAUGGGAGAAUGUAUUCCCACUUGAACAUGUAUGAUAUGGCUGGACUCCAGUGUACUAUCGGGUUUCCUACCAUGUGUCCAUCUAAAACGUUCAAUUAUACACUUUACCGUAACAACAAAGUGCGGAGAGAAAUCCACAAUCCAACAGAUGCAAAAGAGUGGAUUCGGGGGAUUCAAGUCCCUGACUAUUACACCUGGGGACAAAAUGUUGCUUUAGACUUAGAAUCAUUUUUUGUGUCCAGUGGAGUUGUCCAACGGCACAAGUAUGUCUUGGAGAACUUAUCUAGGCAAGUCCAUGUGUUGAGCAACUGGACCGGACGUUCACUCAGGGAACCGAACGUGCAGGCCCCACAGGCACCAGAAGUGGCUUUGCAGAACCAGCUGGCCAUAGAUAUGUUGUUGUUGAAGGAGAAGGGAGUGUGUGGAAUGCUAAACCUAACGGAUGGAGAAUGCUGUGUCACUGUCCAUAACGCCACCACCACCAUAGAAGAGGCACGUCAGAAGAUGAAGGAGAUUGCUGAGCAAACGGGAGAACUGUUUCAAGCAAUGCAACUGAAGGACUAGUUUGAUGGACUGAGCCUGAAUUGUGGAUCACAUGUACUAAAGUGCCUUGGAUUUAUGGGAUGGGGAAGGUGGCUUGUGUGCAUUGACCUUAUGAUACUGCGUGGAUUCUUGGGUUUGAUGAUAGGUCAGUGUCAAACUAUGGACUAUAGGUCAUGUCAAACUAUGAUGAGUUCAUUAUGGUUAUAGAGGAAAGGGAUAAAAUUUCUAGCACUGUAUAAUUCCAUACUAUUUGUGCCAUGGCAAGAAUGUGGUUGGAGCAAGAAGAAAUCAGGGGCUGGAAGUGGAAGGGUGCCCAUCUUUUGCUAUGCUCGGGGAUGUGGCUUUUCUGGUUUGGUGCUCAAAGACAGCGCUGGUGAGCUGCUCUGAGAAAAAGAGCACCAAGGAAAGCAGCAGCAUGGCAGAGCCCAGCUGAGCCAUGUGGAGCCCAGGCUGCAGCUGCAGUGACAGCAGCCACUGGAGCUGCUGCCGGAAUCGCCAAGCUCUCCAGUCCUGCUCCUACAAGUCAGGCCCAGGAAGAGGGUUCUCUGACCUGCUUCAGAGCCCUGUCAGGUCCCACCAGGUUUUGCCUUGGCCCUGUUCUUCCACUGUUUUCAGUUUGAGGGGGGGAAGUUAAAUUGCAAGCCCUUCCAACAUUCUGCUUUUGUAUUGCCAUACACUCCAUGCUGCCCAGCACAGGGCCAGCCAUCAUCUUGCCUUAGUCUUGGAAAACCACACUGGAUGUGGCCUUUGGGAAGUGUUUUUGUUUGUUUGGUGGUGAAUACCCUUUUGUGGGUAAAAGAUUCUCUCUUUUGUACACUCUUUUAUUAAUAUUGUUGUGGUUAUUGCAAUUUUUCAGUAAACUGUGUUUCC